GGAUGUUGAGAUCGGGGCUCCGCCGUUCCUCCUGUGAUGUCCAGACCUGAGAAUAAACCGCUGUCACGGCGCCUCGGCCAGAAACGCAUCACUUCUCCGAGGAGCUCCGCGAUGCCCUUAGACAACGCGUCCCUCGCGAGUGUAAGCCGCAGAGCAGCCGAAUCGCUAUUACAUUCCGACGGGGACUUUUUAAUCACCUUGUCUCGGAUUGACUCGCUGGUACUUAGCUUGUUACUGCAAGCCGAUGAAAACGAUGCAGUCGGCCAAGACCACCUGAAGUCAAUCAGGCUUGUCAAAAAGCAUUUCCGUGCCCUGUGGGACCUAACGGCCGAGUGCCAUCGGGUUCUUAAGGAGCUACACGAGAACUCAUCAGCGGACGUCUCCGACCUCUACAUCAUCAAAGACCAAAGAGACUUUAUACACGCGUACACUCAAUAUUUUCAAUCCGUCACAAAUCACCUGGUGACAAAAGGGUUCGACAAGAUCUCUAAAGCAACGAGCGCUUACUGGAAAAGCAAUAAAAAUAAUCUGAAGGUGCUGAUCGGAGAGACUUCUGAGGUUUCCGUCUCCGUGUUCCUGCAGAGACUCUUCACCGAACCCUUGCGAGAUCACGUGCAGACGUACUCCCUGCUACUCUCAAAGCUCAAUGGAGAAUUCUUUCAGGAGGGAAGCGCGUUGGGGGCCGAUUCACUAAACGCCUUCGUGGAUCUGCAGACGUUUAUCAGCCAAGCUUUGGACGAAGCCUCCCAGACGAAGCUGUUGUGGGCGUCGUUAUCCAGCAAAAUAACCGCCGCGCUGUGUACGGCGGAGCGGCGGCUCCAGGAGGACAGCAGACUCGUCCCGAUCAGCGUCUCCCCGGGAAAACACGACCGGGUCCUGCUGUUUGACGACAUCCUGGUGAUUCUGCAGGGGAACGAGAUAUUCCGGUGCGACUUAAAGACGGUUUGGGUGGAUUCGUCGACGAGGCAGAAAUCUCAUCAAACCAGCCUCUCCCUGCGCGUCGUCACCCCAGAGGAGGAAUUCCUGCUUUCUGCCAAAGAACCUCAGCAUCAGACUUUGUGGUUCUGGAAACUCAACCAGCUCAUUCGCCAGAAUCUGACCGGGAGGAGAGACUUCCCGCCGUGGGGGAAAACGGGAGACGCCAACGGCCCCCCGACAAGCCGCUUCUGUACCUACACCUACAAAAACGACGGGCGCUUCAAAAACGCCGUAUAUGAGGGAGAGAUGUCCUGGGGAAAGCCUCACGGCAAGGGGACGUUAAAGUGGCCGGAUGGAUCCAAUCAUGUCGGGGACUUCGAAUUUGGCCAGGAAAAUGGGUUUGGGAUCUGUCUGGUUCCGAGCGCUCUCCAGGACAGAUACGACUGCUACAAAUGCCACUGGGUGAACGGGGUCAUGCAGGGAUAUGGCAUCUGUGACUACGCGGAUGAAUCCACCUACAAAGGAUACUUUAAAGACAACAUGCGCCACGGCUUCGGGGUCCUGGAAAAUCUCAAUUCUGCCACAAACCCCUUUAAAUACACCGGGAACUGGUGGAGGGACAAGAAGUCGGGAUACGGCGUAUGGGAGAACACGGACAAAGGGGAGCGUUAUAUUGGAAUGUGGCAGGAUAAUCUCAAGCAUGGUCCCGGGAUAGUCCUCACUGAUUCAGGGAAAUGUUUCCAAGGGUCGUUUAUCCUAAACAAGUUGGUGGGCGCGGGCGUUCUGCUUUCAGAGGACGGCUCGGUGUACGAGGGGGAGUUCACGGAGGAAUGUUUAUUGGCCGGGAAGGGAAAGCUGACGUUUAAUAACGGCUUCACGCUGGUCGGGACGUUCAAUAUAAACCCAAACUCCGGCCUCCUGACUCAGGGGGUCCUUAACACGUCGAGUGAGGACCAGAACGAGAGCGUGGAGCGGAAAUUCCAGCUCGGUGUGGGAUUAUUCCCCGUGGAGGAGCGGUGGCCGGGGGUCUUCGAACACUUCCAGAAGUUCCUGGAAAUGGGCUGCAAAAGAGACACGGAAGAGUCCUUCUUGGGGUUUCAUGUCAAGCUAAGCAAAAAACUCCAGAAAUCUCAAGAGUAUCUCUAUUGCCAGAGAGACAAUGAAGACGUAUCCGGUCAGAUAGAAGAUAUAAUGAAAGAGAUCAGCCUUCUCUCGGAGCAGGAAUCCGUGCGGAUCUACCUGGAAAAGGCUUUAAAGUCUCCGCUCCACCCUUUCAGAAAACUGGCGAAGACGCUGUCGGUGGUCUUCCAGGCUACGUACUCUGGGAUAGGGGCCAACCUUCACCUUCUAGACAUGGCGCAGGAGGAAAUAAAACACUACGCCACGAAGGUCUGGGAAUUUUACAGGGCCUUGAUGGUUAUGGCAGCGGAGAAAAAUAAUAAGAUUCCUCCGGCGCUGGGCAACGAGGAAGAGAUCAGUGAUGACUUGAAUCCGACCACUACAGUUCUCCCUCUUCUUCUACCUCAGUUCCACCCAGACCUGUUCAUGUUGUACAUGCUGUAUCACCAGCAGGAGGAUGCCUAUUACUGGCAGGGCAUAAUCCGCCUGGGGAUCCUCACCGACACCAAGCUGCUGGAAUUCCUGGACGUACAGAAGCAACUAUGGCCCCUGAAGGAGAUUAAACUAACAGCCAAUCAGAGAUACUCAAUCGUCCGACACAAAUGUUUCCAUUCCGCCAUCGAAUCACUUCAGAAGAUCAUCACGACGGUAGAUCCCAAAGAGAAGCUGGAGAUCAUACUGAAGACGUACACGGAAAUCGAGACGACUGUGUCCAGAGUGGUGGAUAAGGAUUAUAAGCUUCCCAUGGACGACUUGUUACCGUUACUGAUAUACGUCGCGUCUCGAGCCGGGAUCCAGCGUCUGGGAGCAGAAAUCCACUUUAUCCGUGAUUUCAUGGAUCCCAGCAACAGGGGAGGAAUCUAUGAUUUCCUUCUAACGGCUCUUGAGUCUUGUUAUGAACACAUUCAGAAAGAAGAGAUCCGACACUGCAAAUACUAGCUUCUUACUCGGGCUGUGAAUGGCGCAUGUUCGAAGGUGAAUCCGACGGAAAUCGGGAUCUGAAGCACUAAACAGUUUCAUAUUUUUAUACUAAAAACAAGUCUAUUCCGGGAAAUCCUACUGACUGCUAAAUACUGGCAGUAAAUAUACCAAGAUGGACGCCGUACACAAAAAGUCAUGGAUAAAGACCACGGUCAAGGACUUUAAUGAUUGUAUAAAGGGAAAUGAGAGCGACCAUGUGUAUUAUGUUUAGCUGUCGUCCCACUAUGUUCAUAUACGUAGGCAUCACUGGGAGAUGGUGCUAGAGCUCAUUUUCAGUUGAAACGGUUCUGCGGGGGUGGGAACAUCCCAAUGUCCCGCCCCGUUUGAAGGUUCUUUAAAUACUAAAUACAGGCAGAGCUGGAUUUCCUAUAAGGCAGGUUAGGCACAUUCAUCUGAACGUUCCUCCCAGCUUCCAUCUAUAAACUGUCUACACAGCAUUUUAUUUAUUUUUAUAUUAAGCGGAAAGGGGUCCAGAAAGGAAACUAAUCCAGUUUGCCCACAUCUAUACUGCCCUAGGGUAUUACGUGUAAAAAGAACACUUAGCAUUCAUAACAUUGUGUUAUAAUAAUCAAAAGGCUGACUAUAAGGGCCAUUGUUAAGAGGUCCGUGUACAAGAUAAUAAGAGACGCCGGUGAUUCCUUAUCGCGAUCACCUGUGGUGCAGUUUAGAAUUCAGGAAUGAGAAUUAUUCUAUGUUAGAAUUUAAGUAAAGGGAAUUUAUUAUAGGAGAAAUGGAUUUGCCCUAAACAUUUGACAAGGAUACAUAUCGAGAAGCACUGAUGUUAGAAAAUGGGUCAUACGCUAAUAUUUAGAUCAAUUUAGGCACUAGAGACACAUAGCUCGUAACAUUACGCUGUAACAUUAUAUUAGUCUACCUGCAAGUAGAUUAAGAAGCUCUUUACAGAGUGAGGACUCUGCGGCUAAGAAGCCCUUAACAGUUUGUUUGUGGAUAUAUUUAAAUUGGCGAGCCAGCCGUCGGAUGACACAACCAAGCCAGAUUCGCUGGAAGGACAUAAAGGUGAAAAGAGGAGGAGGAGUUUAACCAUCUCAGAUGUUGUCACCGCCCCUGAAGAGCUGAGUGGAGAGCUGAGCUCAGUAAAUUCAGCAAUUGCUUGUUAAAUUUAUCUCAAAGACGACCCAGACUUUCUCCUGGAACCAUUAAGGACUCGGCCAAGACUCCAACAGGGUCAGCUGAACUCAUCAGAAUCCUAGAGACUUUAAAUUGAAUUCUGCAGCUAUCCAGCAACCAAACGGAAUGUGGACAGUUUAGGCUGAAUUCGCCCAGUUUAGGGUGAACGCCCAACUUCAAGAUACUCAGGUUAUAAUGAAAUAAUUAUUGGUUUUUAAAUUAACUUGGUGCAACCCUGGGUUAGGGAAUGAUGGGAUAUUAUAACAUUUGCUACGAGAAAACAUUAUUUUUUUGUGAGGUUGUGCUGGGUUCCUUUAAGGCUUUGUGUAAAAUACUAGAAUUGAGCUCUUUUUGAAAGCCACAUUUGUAUAGCCUGUAAAUAUUUAUUAAUUUAUAGUAAUCUAUUUAUUAGUAGAGACACAAAAAACAGAAGAAAUAUAUUUUUUAAAACACAAAAAAAAACAAACACUAAAUAAAAUCUGGGCAAAACACUUGUAUCUUUAGAAGAGACUUUUCAUAAAACCUCUUUUUUGGUUAGAAUUUCAUAAUCUUUAACAAAUGGUUUUGUUUUCUAUGUCAAUAAAAUGGGAGAUUUUGGAAAUAUUAA